CAGAGGCAGCACGUCCGUCGGUAAAGAGGGAGCUCAAACGGCAUAGCGUUGCUGCCGACUGAACCGACAGUCAUAUUCACGGUCUUUCCAAAUGGAUGACUCCUCUCACACAGCCUUUUGACACCGGACAAUGCUCUUGUAGCCGCGUUCAACGUGAGAAAAACCUCAUUCCCGUCUCGGUUUUUAAGGUAACUGGUUUGUUUCGACGACACGGAGAGGACCACACUCCCCCCACCACCACCACCACCAUCACCGUUAGCUCGCUAAGCUAGCUAGCCUGCUAACUUAGCUGUGACACUUUGAACCGUUCGGCGUCAGUUUUCUGCCUCGCAGCUAGCCUGCGGUCUCUUGCGCCACAGCGGCGGAUUGAGGUGACCUGUCUCUCUAGGAGCAUGUGUGAGUGACGAGCGAAGGAGGAAGUGGGAUCUCUGACGCUCCGCCCCCUCUGCUGGUGGAGCACCUUGCACAUCUGAGCAGAGACCCCUUUUGUCACUUGGACAGGAUGCGGAGGUUUGCCUACUGUAAGGUGGUUUUAGCCACCUCUCUGGUGUGGGUGAUGCUGGACAUGUUCAUUCUGCUCUACUUCAGCGAGUGCAACAAGUGUGACGACAAGAAGGAGAGAGGACUUCCUGGGAGAGACGACGCCCUCACCAGGCCGCGGGACGGGCCCGGUGAAGGGGGAAAGCCUGUGGUGAUACCUAAGGAGAACCAGGAGAAGAUGAAGGAGAUGUUUAAGAUCAACCAGUUCAACCUCAUGGCCUCUGAGAUGAUUGCUCUCAAUCGUUCACUGCCUGAUGUCCGCCUGGAAGGGUGCAAGAACAAGUUAUACCCUGAUAAUCUCCCUCGUACCAGCGUGGUGAUUGUAUUUCACAAUGAGGCGUGGAGCACACUGCUGCGAACCGUCCACUCCGUCAUUGACCGCUCUCCACACACACUGCUAGAGGAAAUUGUCCUGGUGGACGAUGCCAGUGAGAGAGAUUUCCUAAAGCGGCCAUUGGAGCAGUACGUCAGACGGCUUGAAGUCCCCGUCAGAGUUGUGAGGAUGGAGCAGCGGUCCGGACUUAUCCGUGCUCGUCUCAAAGGAGCAUCCAUCUCCACUGGCCAGGUUAUAACCUUUCUGGAUGCUCAUUGUGAAUGCACAACGGGGUGGCUGGAGCCUCUGCUCGCUCGCAUCAAGCAAGACAAGAAAACUGUGGUGUGCCCCAUUAUCGACGUGAUUAGCGAUGACACGUUCGAGUACAUGGCAGGAUCCGACAUGACUUACGGAGGCUUCAACUGGAAGCUCAAUUUCCGCUGGUACCCUGUACCCCAGAGAGAGAUGGACCGCCGCAAAGGAGAUCGCACACUGCCUGUCAGGACUCCCACCAUGGCAGGCGGCUUGUUCUCCAUAGACAGAGAUUAUUUCCAGGAGAUCGGCACAUAUGACGCAGGCAUGGACAUCUGGGGUGGAGAGAACCUGGAAAUCUCUUUCAGGAUCUGGCAGUGCGGUGGGACUCUAGAAAUUGUCACAUGCUCUCAUGUGGGUCACGUGUUCAGAAAGGCAACGCCUUACACGUUCCCCGGAGGAACGGGACAGAUCAUCAACAAAAACAACCGACGCCUGGCAGAAGUGUGGAUGGAUGAAUUCAAAAACUUCUUCUAUAUCAUCUCUCCUGGUGUGACCAAAGUUGACUACGGUGACAUCACGUCUCGCACUGCUCUGAGACAAAAGCUUCAAUGUAAACCCUUCAGUUGGUACUUGGAGAACGUCUACCCUGACUCCCAGAUCCCCAGGCACUAUUACUCCCUGGGAGAGAUACGCAAUGUGGAGACCAACCAGUGCCUGGACAACAUGGCCCGCAAGGAGAAUGAGAAGGUCGGCAUUUUCAACUGCCACGGCAUGGGAGGCAACCAGGUUUUCUCCUACACGGCCAAUAAGGAGAUCAGGACAGACGACUUGUGUCUAGAUGUGUCCAAGCUAAACGGACCCGUCAUGAUGCUCAAGUGCCACCACCUCAAAGGCAACCAGCUCUGGGAGUACGACCCUGUGAAGCUGACUCUGGUCCACGUCAACAGUAACCAGUGUCUGGACAAGGCCAGCGAGGAGGACAGCCAGGUGCCCAGCGUCAGGGACUGCACACACACACGCUCUCAACAGUGGCUGCUCCGCAACGUCACACUACCAGAGGUCUUCUGACCACACUCCGCACACUCACAAACACACACACUCACACACACAGCGGCCCAGAGUAAGCAAUGAGGGGAAUGGACGUGUUUAUGACGAUUGGGCACCGGGAAAGGAAAGACUUCCCAUGAAGGGACUCGGGAAGAGAGUAGGACGGAUUGGACGGUACUACCUCUGCCAGAGAUCAGAGGAAGGAGUGUGUUCGACCCUCCUCAGAGCGGGAAGAGAGAAAAGACUCCCUCUGGGGGAAUAUGGCUGUUGUUUAAUGUUUGUUUUGUUUUUUUAAAAAGAGAUUUUAACCACGCCGAGUGACUCGCUCUUGGGCGUGAAUAUGAGACUGGCUGGUGGAGUCGAGGUUCUGCACUCACAGCUUCCCUGGACUAAGCAGUCCACCCCUCAGCUCAUCACUUAAGGUUUACUGACUGCCUCUUAUGAGAGAGUGUGUGCACUUAUGUGUGUGUGUGUGUGUGUGUGUAUGUGU